CGUAUAUUUUCUCAUGACAUAAGGUAAACAAGCCUUUGUCCAGUCUCCGUUUCAUUUCCUGCAGAAGGUCGGAUAUUACAACGAACUAUGUCGUCGUUCUGCAUUAAUUCUGCAUUGACUUGGACCUUUGAGCUGUCGUAAGUUUUUCUUCAGUCCGGCAGUCGGAGAAUUCGACUAGGUCAAGGGGGUAAGGCAGAGUCAAUCUCCUGCAUGCCACACUCUUUAUAGCCACUCUCUAAGGCAUAAUCCGAUCGAGCAUGGUCAUAUCCUUCAUGCGACCCGACGAUUCAUUCAUCCUUGUGUUCACGGGAAUCUCAUUUUAUGCUUGAGGACUUGUCUAGGUUAAGACAUUGUUAAAGCUAUCAAAGAGCAAAAGAGCAAGCGAGAGUAGUCGAAAGCUUUGUCAGCUUUGCAGACCUCGGUGUCGUUUUCUUGUCAUCUAUUAUUGAGCUUCUUAUUGAUCUCAUAAACAUCACUCUAGCCACCCCGAACAGGUUACAGGUAAAACACUGGGACAAAACCAGUAUCCAGUUUAAGAUGCCUUCGAUACCAGGUUUUAUAACCCGUUACUUCGCUAAGGAACAGCCAAAACCACCACCAAUCAGCACCGGAACCGCGGUCUUCCUACUUGUAAUCUACACGCUCAUCUACGUGGUGCCAUUUUACCUUUCACCCACUACCAGACCAUCUCGUACUCUAUCGCGGGACGCGCCGUCUGUGAUCCGCGCGCGGAUAGCCUCGGUCUCACUGACCUGCAUCGCGUGCUCUACUAUUACCUUUGUGAUCUUAACGUCGCAGGGUCGGGCUACGACAGCUGAGGCCCUGCAUACGCUAGGUUACUGGCCCCUUGGCCUCGUAGAGACGGCGAAGUGCUUCCUGCUCACCGCCAUCCUCUUUGCCGGGCCAUUGUACGAACGUCUCAUUGUCGAUGGAGGAUGGCGAGAUUGGUUAUCUUUACAGCCGUUGUCUGAUCUCUUCGGUGAGUUGACGACCUGGCGUAACAUUGUAGCGGGACCUUUCACAGAAGAAGCUCUCUUCCGCUCGGCCUCCGUGCCGCUUAUGCUCGCGGCGCAGACCUCUGUGACUACCACCGUCUUCCUCUCACCACUAGUCUUCGGGCUCGCGCAUCUACAUCACUUCUAUGAAUUCCGCAUCACGCAUCCGCAAGUACCUGUGACGUUCGGGCUUUUGCGUUCCUUGAUGCAGCUCGGCUACACAACAUUAUUUGGUGCUUAUGCCACGUUUCUGUUCCUGCGCUCCGGUAGCCUAAUGGCCGUUUUCGUAGUCCACGCUUUUUGUAAUUGCUUGGGUCUGCCUCGCGUCUGGGGCCGUGUCUAUCCUGCUAUCGUCAUUGGUGAGGGAGGGCAGUCGUAUCGACCUUCUGUUAUGUGGACCGUAGUUUACUAUAUAGUUCUAGUUGCUGGCGCAGUGGGAUGGUACAGAAACCUAGGCUUGUUGACGGAGAGUACGAAUGCCUUGGUCCCCGUUAAUAUAUGACAAUGGUUAGAUAGGUAGGUAGUUACGUAGUUUGAUGAAUAUGACACAGAUAUCAAACCAUUUCAAGUUCCGGUUCUUACGCAGUAAUAGUAUGGCUAGGUAGUUUGCAAUAUCGCAAUGAUAUCAUAAUAAAAUAAAUAUUCAUGCAACACC